CUGCCGGUGAAGGUCCCACAUCCAGGACUGAGGCUCAGGGAGAUGCUGAGGGUGUGUCUGCGGGGAGGACUUCUCAAGCUCCAGGGCUGGAUGCUUGGCCCCAACCCAGCUCCCAUGGCAGGGUUCCUAUGACAGGGAAGAUCCAAGACACAAGAGACAAGAUAUCCCUGGAACCACCCAAACAGAUGAAGCAAGAGCUGAAGAAAAUGCGGCAGGGAGGACAAGAGAUAGACAUAGAGCUUCAGUGGAAGUUGGCAUUUCCUGAAGGAAGCACUCCAUCUUUGGUGCCAGCCCCAGCUGCAGGAAAGAAGGCAAUGCCAGACAUGGGCACAGGCACAGCAGACUGGGAUGCUGGGACGGUUCCUCCAUUAGCGUGGCCCUCUGAAGUUGUGAAGCCCUCUGGGCAUUCUGCAGAUGUGUCUGAAGGGUCAACUCCAUCAACUCCUACCUUGGAUGCUGCACAAAAGCCCACCUCCCAUCACAGGAGUCCUACGACAGGAGAGACCAAAGACAUGGCAGGCAAGAAAUUCCAGGACCCAUUAGAAAUCAUGUGGCAAAUGCUGAAGGAACGUCUGCAGAGAAGGCAAGAAAUGAAAGGAGAGCCUGUCCAGAUGGAAGCAUUUCCCAGAGGAAGCAGUGGUUCCGUGCCAGCCUCUGCUGCAGGAAGGGAGGCCAUGCCAGGCACAGACACAGGAGAUGAGGUUGCUGGGAAGGCUUCUCCAUCAGCUUGGAUGAAUAAAGUUUUGAAGCCCUUGGAGCCUCCUGCAGAUGUAUCUACAGGGAGGACUUCUCCAGCUUCUCCAGCUCCUACCUUGGAUGCUAUACGCAAGCCCAGCUCCCAUCACAGUGGUACUCCAACAGGGAAAGUCCAAGAUACAACAGAUAAGAUGUCCCUGCAAACUUCCAAACAGAUGAGGCAAGAGCUGAAGGAACCCCUGCAGACAAGAGAAGAGAUGGACAUAGUGCUUCAGUGGAAGUUGGCAUUUCUUGAAGGAAGCACUCCAUCUUCGGUGCCAGCCCCUGCUGCAGGAAAGGAGGCAAUGCCAGACACGGGCACAGGCACAGACGACUGGGAGGCUGGGAAGGAUUCUCCAUUAGCCUGGCGCUCAGAAGUUGUGCAGCCCUCCGAGCAUUCUGCAGCCGUGUCUGAAGGGACAACUCCAUCAACUCCUACCUUGGAUGCUGCACAAAAGCCCACCUCCCAUCACAGGAGUCCUCCGACAGGAGAGACCAAAGACAUGGCAGGCAAGAAAUUCCAGGACCCAUUAGAAAUCAUGUGGCAAAUGCUGAAGGAACGUCUACAGAGAAGGCAAGAAAUGAAAGGAGAGCCUGUGCAGAAGGAAGCAUUUCCCAGAGGAAGCAGUGGUUCCGUGCCAGCCUCUGCUGCAGGAAGGGAGGCCAUGCCAGGCACAGACACAGGAGAUGACGUUGCUGGGAAGGCUUCUCCAUCAGCUUGGAUGAAUAAGGUUUUGAAGCCCUUGGAGCCUCCUGCAGAUGUAUCUACAGGGAGGACUUCUCCAGCUUCUCCAGCUCCUACCUUGGAUGCUAUACGCAAGCCCAGCUCCCAUCACAGUGGUACUCCAACAGGGAAAGUCCAAGAUACAACAGAUAAGAUGUCCCUGCAACCAUCCAAACAGAUUAGGCAAGAGCUGAAGGCACCCCUGCAGACAAGAGAAGAGAUGGACAUAGUGCUUCAGUGGAAGGUGGCAUUUCUUGAAGGAAGCACUCCAUCUUCGGUGCCAGCCCCUGCUGCAGGAAAGAAGGCAAUGCCAGACACGGGCACAGGCACAGCAGACUGGGAGGCUGGGAAGGAUUCCCCAUUAGCCUGGCGCUCUGAAGUUGUGAAGCCCUCCGAGCAUUCUGCAGAUGUGUCUGCAGGGACGACUUCACCAACUCCUACCUUGGAUGCUGCACAAAAGCCCAGCUCCCAUGGCAGGGGUCCUACGACAGGAGAGACCAAAGACAUGGCCGGCAAGAAAUUCCAGGACCCAUUAGAAAUCAUGUGGCAAAUGCUGAAGGAAUGUCUGCAGAGAAGACAAGAAAUGAAAGGAGAGCCUGUGCAGAAGGAAGCAUUUCCCGGAGGAUGCAGUGGUUCUGUGCCAGCCUCUGCUGCAGGAAGGGAGGCCAUGCCAGGCACAGACACAGGAGCCUGGAAUCGUGACAUGGGUUUUCAGGAAGUCCUGAUGAAGGAUGGUUUGAAGUUCCUGGAGGAUGCUGGAGGCAAGUUUUCAUUCUGCCUUUCCUGAGUGAAUAAU